AUGCGGAGCUACCGGGGGGCGCGAAUCUACCAGGCUUCGGAGGAGGGAGAGGGCACUGUAAAAGCUGCCAUUGCAGUGUUCGACCACGACCUCGACGUCAUACAGUGCCCAGAACUCACCACCCAUAACAUCGUCGUGGUGAGGAUCCGGACCCAAGCCUGGGAGAUCGCAGCGGCAUCGGUGUACUUCGAACCGGACAAGCCCAUGGACUCGUACCUGGAGCACCUCAGAGCGGUCAGGCGGAAGCUGGGAAGUCGCCACCUUCUCAUCGGAGGCGACUUUAACGCGAAAAGCUCAUGGUGGGGGAGCCUUACGGAGGACAGCAGGGGGGAGGAGCUAUGCUCCACACUGGACGAGCUGGAGUUGCAGGUACUCAACAGCGGCACCCUGCCCACUUUUGACACCAUCCGAGGGGGCAGGAGAUACUGCAGUCACGUCGACGUGACGGCAUGCUCGGCGGAUCUUCUCUGCCUGGUUGAAGGCUGGGAGGUAGACGAGGGACUGACGAGCUCGGACCAUAACGGCAUAAAAUUUAGGAUAAACUUGAAAAAAUCUUUAGGCACAGCAAUAAAAUCAACUACUAGGACUUUUAAUACCAAAAAAGCAAACUGGGUCCAGUUUCGUGAGAAACUGGCCCAGUUUAAAAUAGAAGAAAAUAUAAAUCAGACAAAAUUUGAAGAAAUUGAAAAUAGUCAAAAUUUAGAAAAAACCAUAAAUAAAUAUUUAGAAUUAAUAGAAAAGUCAUGCCAGGAAACUAUACCGAAAAAGAAAAACUUGGAAAAAAUUACCUUGCCGUGGUGGUCCCAGGAGCUCGAAAGCCUGAAGAAGGAGGUCACCACCAGGAAGAGAAGUCCGCUGCGCCGCUCCAGUCCGAAGGCAGAUCGUCGUCGAAGAGUACCUGCAACACAAAGAUAA